UGAGCAGCGACAUCAACAUAAACUCGUCCGCCAUGCUGGAAACUGCGGAGACCGUUGAGAUAAGACUGCAUGCCGCCGACCUUCUGGAAAAGUUGCCCCACACCGUCCCUCAUAGGACUGGUAACUGGACUGAAGAGUCUGUGUUGCGAGAGGAAAAAAUGAGAGAAUUUUUGACCAAUUAUGAAAAGGGAAUGGCGAAUGUUAAGAAGGGUGAGCGCAGAGCGAAGACAGCUCGAAAGGAGCAAAUUCUCUCUCCCAAAUUGGUUUACGAUGCUAACAUCAUGCUAAAGAAUGGCCAUACCCAAUCUCAUCUAUCCGCGGACAUCCCCGACAGCUUCCCCGACAAUAUAGCACCAAGCACCAUACUGGCAUUGACAACUUGUGCAACUGAAACAAGCCCUACAGCGCGGAGCUGUUUUCAGCUCGUUAGAUUGGACGAGGAUGGCAAUACUGAAGAGUCUGUGCCGCGGUUUGGCGAAAGGUUUUAUAUUGUUGUGACCAGCGAUCUGGUCGAUGCUCCGAUGUACCUAACGUCCGAGCCAAAGUCUUUCCUCAAUUAUGCCAAAUUGUCAAAAGACCAGGCAGUCUACCUAACGUUCAACAGAGAUUAUCGUUCCGUCUGGCAAUUCGACUACCCCGAUCCAAACUUUCGCCUGGAAAUGGAGGGACAAGACGUUGCGCCUAAUACCCCAGUAUUAAUCAAACACUGCAAUACUGGAAAUUAUUUGUCGUCCGACAAAAAGUAUGGCCUCAGAACGGACUUUGGAGUUGAGUGGGAGGUGGCAUGUCACACGUACAAGGAUUACGGGACAAGGCUUGAAUUGGACCAGAAUCAUUGGCUGCUCCGAGUUUCCGAAUAAAAUUCCACUUUUAAGAA